UCCCUUCCUCCCAUCUUUUCGCAGGGAUGGGCGGGAGAGGGGGAGACAGAGCAAUUCCAGCUCAGUAUCUUUCCUCAUGAGGUAGGCUGUGCUUGACUACCAGCGGCAGCAUCAGCACCCCCCCACCCCCCCAUGAUGCCUUUUUUUUCUUUUUCCCCCCCUCUCACACUGAGCAAUACAGGUAACGGCGUCCGUUGCCACUGCAACAAUAAUGUCUAGCCUGUGCGUGGGGCGUGUGGUGUCUGAGCAGAGUUAGGAGGGAGAGCGGAGAGGACAUCUGUGCCCGGUUUCUGUCAUCUGGAUGGGAAGUGCUUUUUUGGCAGGAGAGAGAGAGAAGAAGAAGAAGAAGAAGGCAGCAGGCAGCCGAGGAAGGGGAACAACUGGCAGCAGCCAAUCCCCCCUUCCACUCACAGACUGGAGACAACGGAGGCCACUGGAGUAUUUGCUUUUAUCUUUCGUUUUUUGUUCUUUUUUUUCCUCAUUGCGCUGCUGGGAGGUGCUUUGCCUUUUCAUUUGCUCGCUCUUUCGGUCCUCUGUCUCCUUAUCUAUUUUGCCAUUUACCUGGUCAACAAUUUCUUCUAUUUGUGAGCAAGACAAGGAGGGAGAGAGAGAGAGAGAGAGAAGCAGAAAGACAGAGAAAAGGAGAAAGAGACAAGAGGAGGGGGAUUUUUCUUUCCCCCUCUUUAUCCUCUUUUUAUCCCCUCCAUCCAUUCUUCCUUCCUGAUCCAUUGCUUUCCCUCCCCGUGCAGCCCACGCUCCCUCACCCCCUACUCGCCCACCCCACCCCAACUUUGGCUACUUUCUUUUGACUCCACCUGUCGUUUUAUUUAUUUCCUUUAAGCGGCUCCACCAGAGCCUUUAAAUUGGCUUUCUUUGUCUAUUUAUGCCUUUUUCACUUUUAUACCUAUCUCCCCCCUUCUUUUCCUCCCUUAUGCAUCUUAUCUGGCUGAUCCUUAACUCUAACCAUAGAGUGGCAGACGUAAGAAAAACAAGAUUCUCCGAGCGUCUUUGCCGAGGAGAAGUGACGCUGCUCCAGUGGAGUGCAAUUACCUCAACAUUGAUGCUGUGCCCUCUUGACCGUCUGAGGAUUUUCCCUUAAACGGCUCCUCCCUCAGUCUGAGGCUAUGAAAGGGAGAGAGGAGUCCCAGGCUGUACCACCAUGCUACUUCUGAGAAGCUGGGAUGAGACUUUGGCUGGCAAAACACGAGGUAUUUCUCUCCCACUCCUACAUUAUGCCUGUCCGCGGACACUGCAGCUCCUCCCCACCUCACCAACAUGCUGGGGCUCAUUUCUGCCCUCGAGUGGUUACUCCGGUGCAACAAGGAGUUCGGACCCUUCAUCCACCCCCACCUCCGUCGGUUCACCGCACCGCAGGCACGUCUCUAUGCCUGCCCCUCCUUUUUCUGCUGCUCUGUCUUCUCCACCUACCCCCAGCCUGUCACUCAAGGAGAGAAAAGGGCGGCGGAGGCGGUGGAGGUGGCAGCCACUUCAUACCCAUCCCACAGCUCCCUCCGCACCACAUGGCCCUGCCUAACAUCCUCCGUGGCCUAAGCAUCGCUGUCGUACUGGUGGGCAACUCGAGCGAGGUGGCACUGGCAGGAGCCAGAGAGAAGGAGGACUUUCUCCACAUGGCUCCUAACGUGGAGGUGCUAACUAUGAAUGAAACAGACCCCAAAAGCAUCAUUAAGAGCAUUUGUGACCUGAUGACAGAGCACUGGCUACAGGGUGUAGUGUUUGGGGAUGACACAGACCAGGAAGCCAUCGCUCAGAUCCUGGACUUCAUUUCAGCCCAAACUCACAUUCCCAUCCUUGGAGUACGUGGAGGCUCUUCGAUGAUCAUGGCUGCCAAGGACGACAACUCCAUGUUCUUCCAGUUUGGCCCCUCCAUCGAGCAGCAGGCUUCUGUCAUACUGAACAUCAUGGAGGAGUAUGACUGGUACAUCUUCUCCAUCGUCACAACCUACUACCCCGGUUAUCAGGACUUUGUCACCAAGAUCCGAAACACCAUUGAAAACAGUUUUGUUGGCUGGGAGAUGGAGGAAGUUAUUCUGCUCGACAUGUCUGUGGAUGAUGGUGAUUCCAAGAUCCAGAACCAGCUGAAGAAACUCCAGAGCCCUGUGAUUCUUCUCUACUGCACUAAAGAGGAGGCCAACACCAUCUUCGAGGUGGCCCACUCUGUUGGGAUCACUGGUUACGGCUACACCUGGAUCGUCCCUUCGCUGGUAGCCGGAGACACUGUUGUAGUGCCUGCAGAGUUUCCCACAGGUCUGCUGUCAGUGUCCUAUGACGAGUGGGACUAUGGCCUGGAGGCCCGUGUUCGAGACGGCGUGGCGAUCAUCACUAUGGCAACUUCCACCAUGGUGAUGGACCGUGGACCUCACACCUUGCUGAAAUCAGAAUGCCACGGAACUCCGGAAAAGAAAACCCCAAUCUCAGGCAACCCAAAUGAAGUCCUCAGGUACCUGAUGAAUGUGACAUUUGAGGGGCGCAACCUGUCGUUCAGCGAGGAUGGGUACCAGAUGCACCCCAAGCUUGUCAUUAUUCUGCUCAACAAAGAGCGACAGUGGGACAGGGUGGGUAAAUGGGAGAAUGGCUCCUUGUCCAUGAAGUACCAUGUGUGGCCUCGCUUUGAGCUGUAUGGGGGGGCAGCAACCAGGGAGGAUGACCACCUGUCCAUCGUGACACUGGAGGAGGCUCCGUUCGUCAUUGUGGAAGACGUGGAUCCGCUGAGCGGGACCUGCAUGAGGAACACGGUCCCCUGCAGAAAACAAGUCAAAGCAAUUAAUCAGACCAAGGAGACGGGGAUCUAUAUCAAGCGUUGCUGCAAGGGCUUCUGCAUCGACAUCCUGAAGAAGAUCGCCAAGUCAGUCAAGUUUACGUAUGACCUUUACCUGGUCACCAACGGGAAACAUGGCAAAAAAAUCAAUGGAACCUGGAACGGCAUGGUGGGAGAGGUCGUGUUAAAAAAUGCCCAUAUGGCUGUUGGAUCCUUGACCAUCAAUGAGGAGAGGUCCGAGGUCAUCGAUUUUUCUGUCCCCUUCAUCGAAACGGGAAUCAGCGUCAUGGUUUCCCGCAGCAAUGGCACUGUUUCUCCUUCGGCAUUUUUAGAGCCCUUUAGCGCAGAUGUGUGGGUGAUGAUGUUCGUGAUGCUGCUGCUGGUGUCAGCAGUGGCUGUAUUCGUGUUCGAGUACUUCAGCCCUGUGGGCUACAACCGCUGUCUGGCUGAUGGCAGAGAGCCUCAUGGCCCAUCUUUCACCAUUGGUAAAGCCAUUUGGCUACUUUGGGGUCUGGUCUUCAACAACUCUGUGCCAGUCCAGAACCCAAAAGGCACCACCAGUAAAAUCAUGGUUUCAGUGUGGGCCUUCUUCGCUGUCAUUUUCCUGGCCUCAUAUACUGCCAACCUGGCUGCUUUCAUGAUCCAAGAGGAAUAUGUGGAUCAAGUAACUGGUCUCUCAGACAAGAAGUUCCAGAGCCCCAAUGACUUCUCUCCCCCGUUCCGCUUUGGCACAGUCCCGAAUGGGAGCACCGAGAGAAACAUCAGGAACAACUAUCCGGAAAUGCACUCCUACAUGACCAAGUUCCAUCAGAGAAACGUCAACGAAGCUCUGCAGAGUCUGAAGGCUGGCAAAUUAGAUGCUUUCAUUUAUGAUGCAGCCGUUCUGAACUACAUGGCUGGCAGGGAUGAGGGCUGCAAGCUGGUGACCAUUGGCAGCGGCUACAUCUUCGCCACCACGGGAUACGGCAUCGCCAUCCAGAAGGAGUCUGGAUGGAAGAGACACGUGGACCUGGCCAUCCUGCAGCUUUUUGGAGACGGUGAGAUGGAGGAGCUGGAGUCCCUGUGGCUGACGGGGAUCUGCCACCACGAGAAGAACGAAGUGAUGUCCAGUCAGCUGGACGUGGACAACAUGGCCGGGGUCUUCUACAUGCUGGGCGCCGCCAUGGCCCUCUCCCUCAUAACCUUCAUCUGCGAGCACUGGUUCUACUGGCAGCUGCGCUUCUGCUUCAUGGGCGUCUGCUCCGGCCAGCCCGGCUUCGUCUUCAGCGUCAGCAGGGGAAUAUACAGCUGCAUACAUGGGGUCCAAAUCGAAGAGAAGAGCAGCUCUGCCUUGAACUCCCCGUCAGGCACCAUGAAUAACACCCAUUCCAACAUUAUGCGCCUCCUACGCACUGCCAAGAACAUGGCCUCCCUUUCAGGAGUGAACGGCUCGCCACACAGCGCUCUGGACUUCAUCCGUCGAGACUCCUCUGUUUAUGACAUCUCUGAACAUCGCCGCAGCUUGGCAGGCCAUUCUGACUGCAAACCUCCUUACAUGCCAGAAGACAACAUGUUUAGUGACUACAUUAGUGAAGUGGAGAGGACGUUUGGCAACCUUCAUCUCAAGGACAGUAAUUUGUACCAGGAUCACUAUCUACACCAUCAUGGCUCAACCCCAGGGCUCGCUGGCCCUCCCCCCAACAGGCCCCACAGUUUGGGCAGUGCUAGUUCUCUAGAGGGUGGCAUGUUUGACUGUGACAGCCUCGGUGGGGGGGUGGCACCUAUCUUUACCACCCAGCCUUGCUCGGCACUGACCCACAGGAACAUGAGCAAAUUUGACUUGCUGUCCGGACAGACUCCUCCCUCAGGCCAGAGCUUCAAGGGAGGUCUGCCUGACAUCUACGGGAAGUUCUCCUUUAAAGGUGGUGCCACGAGUUCCACUUACAUUCCUGGACCUAACUACUGUGGGGGGCGAGGAGACGAUGACGGAAACAUACGCUCGGAUGUUUCAGACAUUUCCACACACACCGUAACAUAUGGGAACCUGGAGGGUAACGCCAAGAAGCGCAAACAGUACCGCGACAGCUUAAAAAAGAGGCCGGCCUCUGCAAAGUCCAGACGGGAGCUGGACGAAAUUGAGCUGGGCUACAGGAGGAAACCCUACCACAUCAGCCACCACCACUACCACAGCCAGCGUUCUGCCUCCCCACCACUGUUUCCCUCUGAACGCAAGCGAGGGGGUGGAGGAGGAAACAACAAUGGGAACUCUUACCUCUUCAGGGAAAAGGAGAGUGUUAGGGAUUUUUAUCUGGACCAGUUUCGGCCCAAAGAGGGUGUCCCUCAAUGGGAACAUGUGGACUUGACAGAGGGCCCUGGAAACAGAGAUGGAGGAGUGCCCACCUGCACCUCUUUGGUACCAGUUGAAGACUUUCUCAAAAGCAAACCCAAAAAGUCAGACUCAAAGGGCGGGGUGGGCUCUGGGUUGGCAGGGGGAGACUGGGAGUGCAGGAACUGUCGAGCUAGUGGGGGCAAGCAGAUGUCCAUUCAUGGAGGAGGUGGUGGGUAUUCGAGUGGUAUGGGCUGUGGGUCCUCGGCAGGUGGUAGCCGCCCUAGCUCUGCAACCUGCAUGCGGUGUGAAGGUUGUAAAAAGACAGGAAACCUCUACGAUAUCAGUGAGGAUAAUAACCAUCCAUUGGAACAAAUGGGGGGAGGGAAAGGUGGAGGAGGAGUGGGAGGUAUGGCCGCAGGCCCUCAGGCUCAAUCUCAGGCCCAGCAGAGAAGAAAGAGCGGAGGAUUUGGAAAGCAGCUAAGGCGACAGCAUUCGUAUGACACAUUUGUUGACCUCCAGAGAGAAGAAUCAGGUGGUAUGGGAAGUUUGAUGGGAGGUUUAGGGGGGGGCAUUGGUGGAGCUGGCAUGGGAGGAAUGCUGCCACCGCCAAGGAGUGUUAGUUUGAAGGAAAAAGAGCGGUACAUGGAAGAUAACAGCCCCUUUGCACAUAUUUUUGAACGCCAUGGGGGCUCAGAGAGAGAAAGGGAAAGGGACAGAGACCCAUUGUUUUAUGGAGGUGAGAGUCAGAAAGGUUCUGGCUCCCCAUUUGGCCUGUUCAGAGGUGGUGAGGGCCUCCACCGCCGUUCCAUCGGAGAAAGAGACAUGAGAGACAGAUCUCUGAUGGAAGGUGGAGGCGGGGCAGCAUUCUCUUUAUCCAAAUCUCUUUACCCUGACCGGGUAAACCAAAACCCCUUUAUACCCACCUUUGGCGAUGACCAGUGUCUGAUGCACGGAGCCAAACAAUAUUACCUGACAAAGCAACAACAGCAGCAACAAGUUGCCCAAAACAGCAGAAGUGACUUCAGGGGUCAGCUGAGCGCAACGUCAUAUUUGCCAGCAUCUGCAACAGCCGGGGUGAUGUCCAACGUGUCCACCCGGUUCCCAAAAGAGCUCAGCCUUGGUGGGAUGAACCAUCAUGGGUCCAUGUUGGCGGUCGGACCCCCGCGUCCCUUCAAUGGAAGCAAUGGCCAUGUGUACGAGAAACUUUCCAGCAUUGAGUCUGACGUGUAAAAGACAAAAGGGGAAGGAGGAGGAGAGCAACAGAGGUUCAAAGUGUUAGGAGAUCAGGGGUAUUUCUUAGAACACUAUAGACACAAAGCAGACCAAAUUCAUGGUGACACAAAGAAAGGGUUAAAAGAGGGGUCAAAAGAGUGGCAGAGACAAAAAAGAUAGACUGUUGUACGAGUAAAUGAGGAGGGAAAGAUGGAUAAAAAUCAGGACAUCCUGAUAGGGUUAAAGAUGUUAAACCUCUCUUUAAAAUGGCCAAAGCUACUCUACUUUUACAUUCAUACACAAUCAAUCAACAUUUUCCUUAAUCCUACAAAAUCCCUCAACUUCAACAAGUCCCAUCAUCACACCCACCAGUGUGCUAGAAGUCACUAUGCUUGGUUGAUAUCACGAUGACCUUGUUUUAGUCUACUUAGGGGCCACAGUCUAAGGGUUCCCAUCAGUCGCUUGUGAGGAUCCACAGCAAGAGCGGCAACAGGAGCAAACUGCCCAUCUGUGGCUGUAACAAUUCAGUAAUUAGACAUUGUUACACUCACUAGAGCCACAACACACACCCUGGUCUGGACAUCUCUUCCUGCUUCCCUUUCCCACUCCUCUGCUUCUCCACCCCCCUCCUCCUUCUUAUCCCCGAAACCUAAAGAGCUGUUUGCUAAUGAGAAAUACAAUCAUGAAUGAUAAUAAGAUAUUCUUAUAGAAAAACAGGGUAUAAGAACAACAAUAACGUUGUGAAUAACAAAGACAUUCAUGCUAUUUAUGGAAACUCUGCUUGUGAGACCACACAAUUUGUUUUGUAUUCUGUUGUUCUAGUAUUUGACUAUUCUCUAAGUAUGGGUAGUUGUGUUUCAUCUGCUCCUGGUGGCACCAGGAAGGUUGUACUUGGUUCAUCCAACAAGCCAGAAAGACUGAGUCUUUUACUCCUGUUUUCUUUUUCUUCUGUUUUCUGUGGAAUAUUUUACUCCAUGACCAUUCGUGUAUCUUCUCCAGGAUUUCAAAGACACAUUUGGAGCCAGGAGAUUCCUGAUGUUUUAAGACAUUACAAAUUAUCAAGCACGCACAUGCUUAAAAAAACACACUUUUUUUCAGUCUGAACUCCUGUUACUGUGAAGAACAACAUUUUCACCAGAAGCUACUGAGAGGAAGGACGUGCCUUAAAGGUCUCCAGUGGAAGUGUCCUCCAGUUCACACGCAGCUCCACCAGGACGGACCGGCGCUCAUUUCGGCUGCUCGGUGUUGCCGUCACAUAUGAGCCAAACCCGCUGUAAAAAUUUCACAGCAGGCUGUUGGUAAAGAUGGUUUCCAUACAAGAUGCUAUUCGAGAUCUUUUAUACCUUCGUAAAAAUAUUUUACAUGUCAGGUAUGGAUAGUGUUUUAUGAACCAGUUGUAAUCAGGAUGUCCCACUGUUACUGAUAAGCUGACGUUUCUCAGUUCACAGCAAUGGAAGCCUAUAGACCACCUGCUUUAUCCAUGCUACAUGACACCUCUCACCUGGUUAUGGUGGCACUACUCUACAUCACACAAACAGCAUCUGGGAGGAUCACACAGAAAGCUUUGUUUUGACAUUGUGUAAAAUUAAUAUUAUGCACUGUCACUUAUGUAGGAAAGGUACUACAACAAAGUUGUAGGAGAAGCUGAUGAAAGGCAGUUGAGAACCUGGCUGGGCAUUUGGAAGGCGGCUAGCUUGUAAAAGAUUGUUUUUCUGUUUUUACUCGGACUGUUGUAGAUAGUCUUUUUAGCUAAAGAGGCCUCAUUUAUUGCACAGGACAUUUUACUCAGUGUAGGUUCAGGCACUCAGUAGACAUGCCUUAUUAUCCCCCUCCCCCAAGUUGUACAAUGAUGACUCAUGUACAGACUGCAGAGGCCUCUAUUAGUUAUGUGAAGGUUUGAUCUAUGAUUGAUAGGUGUCACAAGUUCAAGGGCUGAGGGAGAUCGUUCAGGAGUACUGGCCACAGAGAGGACCUACUCGACUGUGUGGAAUAUGAUGUUUGUAAUUAUAUCAGACCCCAAUAUAAAAGCACUCAUGCAAUAGGUUGAUAUGUGUGUUCGUGUGUUUGAAGAGAAGCAGACCAUUAUUCAACAAUAAGUGCGUUUUUUUCCCCAAUCACGCUGUUAAAUAUUCAUUACUUCAACAGCCUGUACUCUCUAACUCCUCGGAUAACACUGAGACUGAUCGAGUUAGCCUUAAAUCAGAUGCACCCACUCUACCCCACCCCUCCUUACACACACACAUACACACACACACACACCCUAAGACACUCCUAAUAAAUAACUUGGGAUCUCUGGAAUUUUUAUACACAUUUUGAAAGUUCAGGUGAAUCAUAAUCAGCAAGAAGGAAGAAGACUUUGACACAGAAAUAAAUGGCUAGUUUUGAUUUUUGAUGUGAGGUUCUGUGAAGCUAUCAAGUAUGGUGUCCUUAUCUGUACUCAAAAGAUGUGUUACUGCAGUGAGUUAAAAUAAAGUGAAUGCAUGCUUAUACCUUUAUCACACCUUGCGUUUCAACAUCACCUUUCUACAGAUUUGAUGGUUUAGUGAUCAAAUUUACAUCACCAGCUGGGCUAGGUUGCAUUUUUUUCAGCCGCCCCCC